AUGCUGUUCCCCCUGCCCCUGAGGGUGGCCUGCAGCCUGCUAGCCUGGUAUUCCCUCUACAAGUGGUUCUGCCACCGCUACAGGCACAAGAAUUACGAGUGGAGCUGCAGGCUGGUCACACUGACCCAUGGCAUCCUUGCUACCUGUCUCUCUGCCUACAUUGGCUUCAUUGCUGGGCCUUGGCCUCUGAGCCACCCAGGCUCACCAAACACAACUCUUCAGGUCUUUGGGCUGUGCCUUAGCUUGGGCUACUUCCUCUUUGACCUGUUUUGGUGUGUGUACUACCAAACAGAGGGUGCCCUGAUGCUGGCUCACCAUCUGGUGAGCAUCGUGGGCAUCACAGCCUCCUUGGCACUGGGGGAAUCAGCUGCAGACGUCAAUGCUGUCAUCUUUGGCAGUGAGAUCACCAACCCACUGCUGCAGGCUCGCUGGUUCCUCAAGGAGAUGGGCUGUUACCACAGCUUCACGGGGGAUGUGGUGGAUUUCUUCUUCGUGGUCCUCUUCACCGGCGUGCGCAUUGGCAUGGGAGCCUGGCUGAUGUACUGUGAGCUUGCUUCCCCCAAGCCCAGGUGGUACAUCAAGCUGGGAGGGGUCAUCAUGUAUGCUGUCUCCUGGGUCUUCAUGGUCAGCAUCUGUCGCUUCGCCAGGAGGAAGAGCAUGAAGAAAUACCAAGCCUGGAGGAGUUGGAGGAGCAACGAGUUCUACUUGAAAACCAAUGGGCACCUGAAAAACCACUGA